AUGGGGGAGACACACCUGAGGAAAAGGAGGGAAGAUGAGAAGUCGAUCCAGAGUGAGGCACCUAAGACCACAAAUCUCCAGAAACAGGUGGGUCUCAUCAGCGGCAUCUGCGUCAUCGUGGGCACCACCAUUGGCUCCGGCAUCUUCAUCUCCCCCAAGUCUGUGCUCAGCAACACGGAGGCUGUGGGGCCCUGUCUCAUCAUCUGGGCAGCCUGUGGGAUUGUGGCAACUCUGGGUGCUCUGUGCUUUGCGGAACUCGGCACUAUGAUCACCAAGUCAGGGAGUGAAUAUCCUUACUUGAUGGAGGCCUUUGGCCCCAUCCCUGCCUACCUCUUCUCCUGGUCCAGCCUCUUCGUCAUCAAGCCCACUUCCUUUGCCAUCAUCUGCCUAAGUUUCUCUGAGUAUGUCUGUGCGCCUUUCUACCCAGGCUGUGAGCCACCCAAGGCCGUGGUCAAGUGUCUGGCUGCUGCUGCCAUCCUGCUCAUCACAACUGUGAACUCGCUGAGCGUGCGGCUGGGAAGCUAUGUCCAGAACAUCUUCACCGCUGCCAAGUUGGUGAUCGUGGUCAUCAUCGUCGUCAGCGGAAUGGUCCUCCUGGCCCAAGGAAAUACGAAGAAUUUCGAAAAUUCUUUUGAGGGUUCGAAAGUGUCUGUGGGAGCCAUCAGUCUGGCAUUUUAUAAUGGACUUUGGGCCUACGACGGAUGGAAUCAACUCAAUUAUAUCACGGAAGAACUUAGAAACCCUUACAGGAACCUGCCCCUGUCCAUCGUCAUUGGGAUCCCACUGGUGAUGGUGUGUUACAUCCUAAUGAACAUUUCCUACUUCACUGUGAUGACCACGACCGAACUCCUCCAGUCCCAGGCUGUGGCUGUGACGUUUGGGGACCGUGUUCUCUACCCAGCCUCUUGGGUCGUUCCACUUUUUGUGGCAUUUUCUACCAUCGGUGCUGCCAACGGGACCUGCUUUACGACGGGCAGGCUUGUUUACGUUGCAGGUCGGGAAGGCCACAUGCUGAAAAUUCUCUCUUACAUUAGUGUCAGGCGCCUGACUCCAGCCCCUGCCAUCAUCUUUUAUGGCACCAUCGCCAUCAUUUACAUCAUCCCUGGGGACAUCAACUCACUGGUCAAUUACUUCAGUUUUACAGCCUGGUUUUUUUACGGCCUGACCAUCUUUGGGCUCAUUGUGAUGAGGUUUACAAGGAAAGAUCUGGAGAGGCCUAUCAAGGUGCCCAUUUUCAUCCCCAUCUUGAUGACUCUCGUAUCACUGUUUUUGGUGUUGGCUCCGAUCAUCAGUGAGCCGGCAAUGGAGUACCUCUACUGCGUGAUAUUUAUACUGAGCGGCCUUGUAUUUUACUUCCUUUUUGUCCAUUACAAGUUUGGAUGGGCUCAGAGAAUCUCAAAACCGAUUACCAUGUACCUUCAGAUGCUGAUGGAAGUUGUCCCACCAGAAGUAGCUCCGGAGUAA